GGUCAGACUGAAGCUUUCGAAGAUUCUUUCGAGGGAUCCAACUGGAACUUUGGCAGUCUAGCAGUGGCCUUUUACGGCGGACUGUUUGCUUACUCAGGGUGGAAUUACCUCAACUGUAUGAUCGAGGAGAUGAAAAACCCACGCAGAGAUUUGCCUAUAGCAAUCAUAAUUUCUUGUCUGCUCAUCACAUCGGUCUACACCAUGGCAAACGUGGCGUACGCUACGGUGCUCACUAUCCCAGAGAUAUUGGCAUCACCCGCGGUGGCCGUAAGCUUUGCGAAUCGAAUCUAUGGCCCUGCGUGGUGGAUUAUGCCAAUUUUUGUUGCUCUUUCCACAUUUGGGGGUACCAAUGGCACAAUUAUGACCACUUCGCGCAUCUUCUUCGUGGCUGGCCAGGAGAAACAGAUGCCUUCAGUGAUGUCUUUCCUACAGAUGCGUAGACUUACGCCCAUCCCAGCCGUAGUGUUCACCUGUUUGGCUACCGUUGUCUACGUGCUCAUUGGAGAUGUGAACUCGCUGAUCGUCUACCUCGGCUUUGUUCAGUGGUUAGCCAUCGGUAUCUCCGUGCUAAUAGUCAUUGUAUUCCGAUUCACCCGACCUGAAAUGGAACGGCCAGUGAAGGUUCCACUGGUGUUUGCAUUUAUCUACGUGCUCGUCACCUUGUUCCUCGUCAUUUUUGCCUUUGUGGGGUCUCCAACCGAGUCAAUCAUCGGCGUGGUGAUCAUCGCCACGGGAAUUCCGUUCUACAUCUUCGGGUGUGUUUGGAAGAACAAACCUUCCACGUUCGUGCGAUACAUGGAUCGCUUCACCGUCGGAGCACAAAAGCUGGGUGGUCUGAUCCCCGGAUCGUGAUCGAUUUUCGUAUUUCGCCAAUUUUCUUACUCCCUCUGGCCAAUUUCUGUAUAUCAACCUACUCCCCGUGGGCUUUCUCCUUGUCAAAGGCAGCUUCUACACGCUGGCUCGCGUUGAAUAACAACCAACCUUAUCGGA